CGGCAGCUUUGGGUCGGCACUGUAGGGCUUUUCUCAGAAGCUGCACUUUGGCCCUCGGUCUUUCUGCAUAUCCAGCUCUGCUCUGGGCUGUGGCGGACAGACACGUGUGUGAAUCCUCCAUGGCUGAAACGGCCCCGAAUGGCCCCCAAGGGGCAGGCGCAGUGCAAUUUAUGAUGACCAAUAAACUGGACACGGCAAUGUGGCUUUCUCGUUUGUUCACAGUGUACUGCUCGGCCUUGUUUGUCUUGCCUCUUCUUGGGUAUUUUAGUGGUGGCAUUGAAAUGAGUAUAUUCCCAGUCUUGUUGUUCUCUUUGCUCCAUGCUGCUACGUAUACUAAAAAGGUCCUUGACGCAAAGGGUUCAAAUAGUUUGCCUCUGCUGAGAUCGGUCUUGGAUAAGCUAAGUGCUAAUCAACAGAAUAUUCUGAAAUUCAUUGCUUGUAAUGAAAUUUUCUUGAUGCCUGCUACAGUUUUUAUGCUUUUUAGCGGUCAAGGAAGUUUACUCCAACCCUUUAUAUACUACAGAUUUCUUACUCUUCGCUACUCUUCUAGGAGGAAUCCCUAUUGCCGGACCUUGUUUAAUGAAUUGAGGAUUGUUGUGGAGCACAUCAUAAUGAAGCCUGCUUGCCCCCUGUUUGUGAGAAGACUUUGUCUCCAGAGCAUUGCCUUGAUAAGCAGACUGGCACCAACAAUGGCAUAGUUUAAUACCCAGUUAAGUUAUAUAUAAUAUAAACAUUAUUAGCAGCUGGUACUUCUGCUAGCAGGUUGUAAAUUCCAGGUGUUACACUGACCUCAAUCCAACUUACAUAAUUUGCAUAAUUUCAUCACUCAAGGAAAAUCCUUCUCCACCACCACCACACAAGUCAAGCCUUUUCAGAGAAGUUUUCGAGAACAUUUCCUGUGCUAUGUUGUUAAAGGAAGCUAGUAUCUUGUGAUAAAUGUACCAGAUUUGAUUUAGAUGUUGCUGUGCCUGUAUCAUGAAGUACAUUUUAAAAUUGUUUUUAAAGAAAACAAAAACUCAGCCUGAGUGAGAACCUAUGUUUGUCUCUGGCAUGGGUUCUUUAUUGUAAUAUUAGUACAUGCAAAUUCAGUAUAUUUUAAGACAGCAUUUUUCUUUCUGUUUAUUAAUUUUGGUUGCUGAUUUUAGGAGAAGCAUUUCCCAAUGAACUGAACUUCCAGUUGCUAUUAGAUUGAUCUUUUGCUGCUCUCAUAAGAUAGAUUUAUUUGGAUGUAGCAUUGAAGAGGAAUUCCAUGUGUAUCUUACUAUGACCAUCAGAUUUAACCCUUGUGGUUUUGAAUAUUUAAAGAAAGGGUGGGGGGAAAGCCCAAUUAUAAGCAUGUUAACCAAUUGGAUAAAUAUUUGAAAUCAUCUAACCAUUUAAUCCUAAAGAACUACUACAUUCUUUAGAAAAUAACGUGCCCACAUAAAUAACCCUCAUGGGAAACUGAAACCCGAGGGGAUUGCUUGAGUUGCCAAAAAAUGCAAGCAUUCCUAGCGUUAAAAAUACUACUCAAAAGAAACUAACACUAUUCAAAGGAACGUGACUCAAGGAACGUGCUAACACGCUCUCCUUUGGUCUACGUUUCUCAAACAGGAAAGCCUCCUUUUACAAACUAGACACACAGGUCAUUGGUAUUACUCUACAGUUUCUGGAAUUACCUAGUUCAGAUUCCUGAUGACUGCCAAGUUUCUCAACUUUUCUUAGGCUUGGGUUUUCCUAGGCAAUUGUAGCAAUUCAGACACCUUUUGAAAGAAAUGUAACAAGAUUGAACAUAGGGGGCCCCCUCUCCCAACUAUAUUUGGUGUCCUGAAAUAAUAAUGAAGGUUAUUCUGUAGAUCACUUACUUGCCCAUCAAAUCUGUUUUAAAAAGCUAAAUGAGAACAUUUAUAGGUAAAGUAUUUAUUAGUUAAGAAUGGGACCAGAGGACACUUUGUGGAGUAGAGGGUACAUAGGUAAAUUUGGGGGAAUUGGGUAUAUUAUGCAAAUGUGAUUUGGGCUGGGUGGUAUGUUAAAUCCUGUUAGCUUCCCUGAACUUUUUUAUAAAAUUCCUCUCAAUCUUUAUUAUUGUUGCACGAUUGGAAAUGUUUAAAGUGUAACAUUUUAGUACAGAACAAUGUAAUGGUUUUUGUAACGGAUCUUUCUGUGUCUGCAUGUAAUUUGAAUUUAUCAAAUACAUUCAUUGGUAACUUAUCAACAUCAUCAGUUUUCUUUUUGUUCAACCUCCAAAUCUAGACAAAGGUGAUAAUUGUAUGAUUACAAAAAUUCUACUCAAUCGUUGUUAUUUGCUUGGAGUCAGCUAUGACUAGCUAUUUUUAUAUUUUUGUAAUAUUUAUCCACUGAGUUGGAGAAGCAACCUCAAAACGUGCAGUUGAGUGUGUGUGACCUCAUCAUCCUUAUAUAUGUAACCCAAGAGUUUGAAAACCUAAAAUUUCUAGAGCAAUAAAGUGACUGGUAACAUUAA